AUGGAUCCCAGCAAAGAGGGACUCCUCCACGAGGAGAAGUCCCGUCGGUCCUACGACAGAGACUCCGAAGAUGGCUCCGACAUCGAUACGACCGACUAUCUCCCCCGCGAUGCCCAGAAACAGUCCGCAUUUCCCAAGCCCGCCUUCCUCUCCGGUCAGCGCACCGGCAUCGUCAACGCUCUGAAGAACUGCUUCCGAGGCCGUUCGAGACUAUGCUGGGCUUUUGCCGCCGCCAUACUCGUCAUGUGGGUGGUCAUCAGCGCUGGCUCGGCUGUGUUGUACAAGAAGUUCAAGGCGGGCCCUCCCACUGGCCUGUCACCGCCGUGGUACCCGGCGCCCAAGGGCGGAAUCUCUAAGAACUGGGCCGAGAGCUACAAGAAGGCAAGCGACAUGGUUGCCAAGAUGACGCUGCCUGAGAAGGUUAAUGUCACAACGGGAACUGGCUGGAUGAUGGGCCUCGCCGUCGGUACCACCGGCCCGGCUGUUCAUGUUGGCUUCCCCCAGCUUCAGCUUCAAGACGGUCCUCUUGGCUUGCGCUUCGCCGAUAACGCGUCUGCAUUUCCUGCCGGCAUCACAGUUGGUGCUACCUGGAACAAAGAAUUGAUGUACCAGCGCGGCAAGGCGCACGGAGAAGAGGCGCGAGGCAAAGGCAUCAACGUCCUGCUGGGCCCUUGCAUUGGUCCUCUGGGUCGUAUGCCCGCCGGCGGUCGCAACUGGGAGGGCUUUGGAUCCGACCCUUACCUACAGGGCAUCGCCGCUGCGCAGACCAUCAGGGGCAUUCAAGAAGAGGGCGUGAUUGCCACUAUUAAGCACUUUGUAGGCAACGAGCAAGAACAUUUCCGCCAAAGCUGGGAAUGGGGUCUCCCCAACGCCAUCUCGAGCAACAUCGACGAUCGUACCCUGCACGAGCUGUACACUUGGCCCUUUUUGGAUGCCGUCAAGGCUGGUGUCGCCAGCGUCAUGUGCUCCUACAACCAAGUCAACAACUCUUAUGCCUGCGGCAACUCGAAGCUCCUGAACGGCAUCUUGAAAGAUGAGAUGGGUUUCCAAGGAUUUAUCCAGUCGGACUGGCUGGCGCAAAGGAGCGGCGUUGGAAGUGCGCUGGCCGGUUUGGACAUGUCCAUGCCUGGCGACGGACUUAUUUGGGCGAAUGGCAAGUCCCUAUGGGGUCCCGAGCUCACCAAGGCGGUCUUGAACGGAUCUGUUCCCAUCGACAGACUCGAUGACAUGGUGCUGCGAAUUGUGGCUUCAUGGUACCAGAUGGGUCAGGACGACAAGAAGAAGUUCCCCAAUGAGCUCCCCAAUUUUUCUUCGUGGACCGAUGGCAAGAUGGGAGUCCUUGCACCGGGAAGUCCGACACCCCAGGAGGAGUUCGAGGUCAACAAGUACGUCAACGUCCAGGCCAACCACUCCGACAUCGCUCGUCGCGUCGCUGCCGAGGGCAUCGUUCUGUUGAAGAACGAGAACGUUCUGCCGAUCAGCAGAGACGGCUUCAUCGACGCCAAGCGCAAGCGCCAUGAAGGAAAGCUGAAGAUUGGAAUUUUCGGCGAGGAUGCCGGACCCGGAAAGGGCCCCAACUACUGCAAGGACCGCGCUUGCAACCAAGGCACUCUGGGCUCGGGAUGGGGCAGUGGUGCUGUCGAGUUCCCUUACCUAGUACCUCCUGUCGACGCUCUGAAGAAGGGUUUCAAGGGCGAUAAGGUUGAGCUUUCCGAGUACCUCACAAACUCGCCUCCUUUCAAGAAGGACCCCUCGAUUUUGAACAAUAAAGACGUGUGCAUCGUCUUUGCCAAUGCUGACGCUGGCGAAGGCUUUGUCUCGUGGUCGGGCGUCGCAGGAGAUCGCAAUGAUCUGAAGCUGCAGAAGGGAGGCGAUGAUCUCAUCAUUCAAGUCGCUGACAACUGUGGCAAGAGCGGCGAUGGUAACAGCGUUGGCGGCGACACGGUUGUGGUUAUUCAUUCCGUUGGACCCGUUGAGAUGGAGCGCUGGAUCGAGCACCCUGGCGUCAAAGCCGUGCUUUACGCCAACCUUCCCGGCGAAGAAAGCGGCAACGCCCUUGCCGAUGUAAUUUUCGGCGACGUCAACCCUAGCGGUAAGCUGCCGUACACGAUCGGCAAGUCCUUGAAGGACUACGGAGCUGGCGGACAAGUCUUGUACCUGCCGAAUGGCGUUGUCCCUCAACAGGACUUCACCGAGGGACUUUACAUCGACUACCGACACUUCGACAAGAACGGCGUCGAACCUCGAUUCGAAUUCGGCUUUGGAUUAUCAUACACGACUUUCGGCUUUUCUAACGUCGUUGUCGAGGAGGUCAAGCCGAAGUCCAAACUGCCUGCCUCCCGUCCUGCUCCCGGCGCUGAGCCGCCCAAGUUGACCGACAAGCUUCCCGACCCGAAGGAGGCUCUGUUCCCCGCAGGCUUCAGAAAACUCGAGAAGUACAUUUACCCGUAUCUGGAGUCUACGGACGAGAUCGUGAAGGAACCCUAUCCCUACCCGGACGGAUACACAACCAAGCAGCCUCUGUCGGGAGCUGGUGGUGAGGAAGGAGGAAAUCCCGAUCUGUGGGAGACGUACGUCACCGUCAAGGCCGACGUUACCAACACUGGCGCUGUCGCCGGCAAGGUUGUUCCUCAGCUUUAUCUCUCAUACCCCAAGAACGUUCCCGACGUCGACUUCCCUGUCAAGGUCCUUCGCGGAUUCGACAAGUUCAACCUGGAGAAGGGCGAGAAGAAGACGGUGACGUUCAACCUCACGCGCCGCGAUCUCAGCUACUGGGACGUUCACGAACAGAACUGGGUUAUGGUUACGUCCGGGCAAUACUCCUUCCUCGUCGGCGAGAGCUCGAGGCAGCUUUCCAAUGUCGGAAGUUGGUAA